ACUGAACGGAACUCAAAAAGGAGCGCCUCUCUAACUGUUAGUGUGCGUGCACUCAGAAACUGUAGAACAGUUCCCCGUCUUGGGACGGGUGUGAGAAGAAAACUGUUUUAAUUUCCAGUUUCGGUGAUUCUUCAUAGUAAAGGAUCGCCAAACUACAAGGUUGCUACGUUUGGCAAGUCAUAGCCAAUGCUCAUGAAGGUCAAAUCUGAUGUUCCAAGGAUCACUUUGAUUCGCUGAGUGGAAAUUUCAAAUUGAAAGUAUUAUCUAAAAGUGGCCGGAAACCUAUAUGAGAUCAUCAUGUGAAAAAUUCAUUAUGCUUCGAUUGUUUCAAUGUAUUGCAACUGAAAAGUAUAGCUGGAAUCCAAGGUGGAAUAUUUCGAUCACAGAUUGGAAAGGUGCACAGGAAAAGGAGUCUUCAAAUUUUCCUAGAAAAUGAACUGAAAUUUUCCAUGUAUAUUGAAACCAAUAACAGAGAAUUAAAAAUGCAAAUAAAUCAGAUAUUUCCUUGAGGAUCUUGAAAUUUUAUCUUUCAUUCUAACUGAAAGGAGGAAAAAAAGAUUAAAACUAAUAAAGAACGCGUCAGACGUUUACCUCGGUAAAGCGGCGAUUACUUUUGAUAAACUGCUGCCUAUCUUCAACCGAAAUUACUUUUGCGGGACUCUUUCAAUGACUCGGUUUGCUGUGUUAUCACCAGUUUGAAGAAGACUAGCACCUCUGAAGGACUUUAUAUACAGAAUUGUGGUUAACAGCCGGAGGAUACUAAAAACUUUGACUCUAAAUUACUUUUUUUCCUUUUUUGCUUUAAAAUGCAAAGGUGUUUCACGAAUGAGUUUAGUGAGAGCUCCAUACUCUUUCAGAAUGAAUAUUUUUUGAUACAAGAAAAGAUACUCUUUAUGGCACGAUUUGAAAACUCAAAAGGUGAAUCUUCAAAUGCUGGAAUAUUUUUUGUUUCCAUUUUUGAAGCUGCAUAAAUGGAAUGAGUAAAUUUUCAUUUUCCUAAAGGAUUUUCAAGAUUUCAUAUCAAGCUACAUUUAAACUGUGAAGCAAUGUUGUUGAAAACGCAUAUUCUAGGUAAAAAAUUUUGAUUAUGUGUUUUUAGUCCAUGGAUUCUCAUGGAAUAAACUGUGAUUCUUCUGAUUCACUGCAGUAAAAUUAUAUAUAUAUAUUCAGCCAAUUUCUUUCAUUUGCUGCCAAGAUAUUUAUCUUCAAUACAUCUUUUUUAAAAACAGAAAUCUUUGAAAGAAAUUUAAUAAUGGAUCAGAAUAUUAGAUUUCGCGUCAAAAAAUUCUGAAAUCGAAAAUCUAGAAAUUUUCCUUCUAGAUUGGUGAAAUAAACUUAUUCCAGAGCUCUAGACAACUCUUCUCGGUUUGUAUUAUCCCAAUUACUAAAACUUUUUAAAUACAAAAACAAUGUAAAUUAAGUCAACAUCUAUUUUCAUUUUGUGCAUUCCAUCUUUUAUAAUACUGGUUUGGAUACAUUUCAUAAAAACUGCAACUGUUGCUAAAAUAAAAACAGCAAUGGAAAAUUUGACUGAAGUUUUCACUGUUCUCCUUCUACAUGAUCUUGCCAAUUUUACAAAUGGAACAAUGGCACAUGUCGACGAGGAAUUAUACGAUAUAGUAGAUGCUCCAACCGUACCGAAAGCUGUUGAAGCCCUCAUGUAUAUCAUGUACAUUGUCAUUUCAGUUGCAGCCAUUGGAGGCAAUGUAAUAGUGUGUUAUAUUGUAUUUGCUUAUCAAAGAAUGCGAUCGGUAACAAACUUUUUCAUUGUCAACCUAGCAGUUGGUGAUAUCUUAAUGGCAAGUUUAUGUAUACCAUUUGGUUUUGUAUCCAACUUGCUGUUGCAAUACUGGCCAUUCGGAGCAGUCAUGUGCGUCGUAGUAAGCUACGCACAAGCAGUGUCUGUAUUCAUCAGUGCGUACACAUUGGUAGCUAUUAGCUUCGAUCGCUACAUUGCCAUUUUGUAUCCUUUAAGACCUCGCAUGACCAAGCUGCAGGCGAAGCUUAUUAUAGUGUUAGUGUGGUUCGUAGCCCUGCUGACCCCUUUGCCAACUGCUAUCAUGUCUAAAUUGGAACAACCACAGGAUUGGAUUGAUCGGAACUUAACAGAUCGGUUCACCUGCAUGGAAGCAUGGGAAUCUAACACACAGAGAUAUCAUUACAGCAUGGCUCUCAUGAUUUUGCAGUAUUUCUUCCCAUUGGCAGUGCUCAUCUAUACUUAUACAAGAAUAGCUAUCGUGGUCUGGGGGAAAAGAACGCCUGGUGAAGCCCAAGAUGCAAGAGAUCAAAGAAUGGCAGCUUCAAAGAGAAAGAUGGUAAAAAUGAUGAUCACCGUAGUCUCUGUGUUCACACUCUGCUGGCUGCCUCUGAACGCCCUGAUAGUAGCAGGCGAUGAGCACGACAUUAUAUGGCAGUUCUCCCACAUCCACUACGUAUGGUUUGUGUGUCACUGGCUAGCCAUGAGCAGCACAGCUUACAAUCCCAUUAUCUACUGCUGGAUGAACUCGAAAUAUAGGGAUGGAUUCCGACAGGUGUUCGUGCGAUUGUUGUGUCUACCAGGCCGUAAGAAAGGAUUCAAGACUUCUUUGAACAGAAACGGUUUCAACAGAUACAACACCACGAACACCAUCUACACCAGCAUUCGUUCCUCUGGAACACACAGAGGUUCGCAGUGCUCCAGCCAUCGAGGCUCCAUAGUGAAAGGACACAAAAGUUGUGCCAGGACAGAAAGUGGCAAUGUAAGUCUCAGUGUCGAACCGAAGGAAAACACGUCAUUAGCACCUAAUGGAUUCUCGACGAGCAACAUGACAGACUCUACUGUUUGAUUUCACCAUUGAUGUAAAAUUUGUGAACGCACAUGCAUUUAUUUCCCACACAGUGUGUUAUUUCUAGCUUCAGGAAUGCUUAACAUGGUUUAGAGUUCUCAAUGUCAUCACACAGUGAUAAAGUUCAUGCCUUUAACGCAAAAAAAUGAGAAAAAAAUUUCAUAAUGUCUUGCUCGAGUGCAAUUUGUCGAAAAUGAAAUAAUUUUUAAUUUUAAUUUCUUUUAAAUAUGUCGAGCUUUUAGAACCACUGGUUGAAAUAAAAUAGCAAAACUAUUGCAAAUUUCAAGCGUUUUAUCCAAAAGAUUUGCAAAACUAAUUUCCUAGUUCUUUGCAUAGCAGUAAUCAUUAAAUUAUUAAGAAUAUAAACGAAUACAAAGCGUUUAAUGGAUGUGUAGUUUUAUUUAAAAUCAGAUAUUUUUAGCUAUUACUCCAUUUUUGAAUAUUUCCAAACUAUGCCAGUGGUAUUAAAAACAAACUAAAAUCUUUUUUUCCUAUGCAAUAAUGAAAAUCACAUAUGAGUUUCAACGUGGCUUUGAAAAAGAAUUAAUUUAAUAUUGAUAGCAAAAUUAAAUCAAGACCAACUUCUGUUUGUGUUUUUGAUAUUUGAUUCACAUUUCACUUUCAGAAUACCAUCUUCAUUUUAAAUAUACAAUAUGAUCUGAAACUGAGUGAGAUAAAUAAUUAGAACAUAACUGCAAGCAUAACGGAAAAUCGUUUAACUUUCCAAUAGGCUUUUAAAACAAGUUUUAACCGGUCAAAUCUGAUAAGAAAAAUGAAUAAAUAAACAUUCAAAUUACAGUCAUGUUAUAUCCAAUUGUUUCUGAAUUGUCUUGUAAAUAACCUAUAGUCUGUAAUAACUCAAGCUGAUUGCAAGUAUAAAGCCACAAGAUACCACAUAACAAAUGAAUGAAUUUUUACAGGGUUCUACAUUUCCCAGGAGCUAUAGUUCCAGCUCCAUCAAAUGGAAAAACUUAAUAAUAUUAAUGCACUGUUUAGAAGCAUCACGAUGACUAUUUUAAGAUGAACAGUUGAAGAGGGUGUGAGCUGAUAUCCUAUUUCUUCAAUCUCCUUCAUCGCAUCAAGUGAUGACAUUUGACUUUCAAUGGCAAAUUUAACACACAUCAGACCUUCAUAUACGUUGGAACGUCAGAGAAUUUGAAUUUAGAAUUUGCAAAUCUCCGACACCAAUACCGAAACCAUAAGGUCAUAAGGUAUAAUGUAAGAUGACAUGAAAAAUCAUUCGUUUUAAUAAUAAACUUUCAAUAUAACUUUGCUUAAUAUGAAAACUGAAUUUUUAUAUAUCAUAACAGUUGAUAAAUGUGCAUUAUAGAAAUAUUCAAAAAUUAUUUAUUUUUGAGAAAAAUACACUACGAAACUUUUCUUUACAGUUAAGUAAAAGCGUUAUUUAAAAUCCCCAAAAUUCUUUAUCUUAAACAAAUAUUGAUGUAGUAAUCGUGAUGACUUAAGCGCUAGGCUAUAGAGUUUAAUAGGUUUUGUUUCAGAAAAGGAUAACUAUAAGCCAUUUUUUUCAUUUUGAUCUUUUUAUACAUUUAAUAAUUUUAAGCGCUAAAUUUAAUAUAAAAUGUCAAACUUACUAAAUUAGCUGAUGGGCUUUAUUUUUAUAUUUAAAAAGUUUUUAACCGAAAAGGUAUUUUUCCCAAAAAUAUUUUCGAAAGGAAUGUCUGGAAAGACAUUUUUAAAAUGUUUUGCAUUCCUGAAGAAGGAAUUAAAAAAAAAUAUUUGUCUUUCUAAAUGUAUUUUAUUCUUGUGAUUGAUAUUAAACUGUGUUUUAUGUGAAUCAUAACCAGAGUUUUAGUUUUAAUUCAUGUAAUAGCACAACUUGCAUUUAAUUGUUCGUUAAUUGUGGACGCACAUUUCAUUAUUAUUUUAAAGUUUUCCGUGUAUUCUUAAAUAUCUAAAUAUUUCAUUCAUGCAUUUUUAAUAUUGUAAAAUUAUACAAUUCAAAUAUAAAAUCAUCUCAGUAGAAAGAACAUACUAUUUGCUUUCAUGACAGCGCCAUUAAUUAUAUUUUCUUUCAUUCAUGCUGUUUUGGACGUUGAAAAUAAUAAUAUUACUUAUCAUUGCACUUUUCA